UUGGACAAUAGAUGAAUUGCUGCAGAUCCAUCAAUACUUGGCGAGUCAUUUCAUACGGCUUAUAUAAGGUUCUCCUAUUUGGAAUCUAAGUUUUUACGUGACAGCAAUAUUUACAAAGACUACAACAAAUUCAUGGACGAGUAUCUAUAUUUGAAACAUAUGCAACCGGCAUCUUCAUUACAAGAUGUGAAAUAUUUUAUACCGCACCACUGUAUUACUAAACCUGAUAGUUCCACUACACGUUUAAGGGUAGUGUUUGAUGCGUCCUGUUGCACAACAAGCGGAAAAUCACUUAAUGACAUCCUAUGUGUAGGACCAACUUUGCAAGAUGAUAUUUUUACAAUGUUGAGUCGGUUUAGAUAUCACAAAUACGUGCUUGUUGCCGACAUCGCCAAAAUGUACCGGCAGGUGCUAGUCCAUAAUGAUGAUAUGCAAUGGCAGUGUAUUUUAUGGCGAUCAAACCCAUCGUCACCCCUCAUAGCAUAUAAACUACAAACUUUGACAUACGGAACAAGCAGUGCACCUUAUUUGGCAGUAAAAUGUCUCCAGCAAUUAGCUAGUGAAAUGUCCGAUACAUUUCCACUUGGAGCCAAAGUAACUCUUAGUGACUUUUACGUCGACAAUUUAAUGACGGGUGGAAAAAGUGAAGACGAAGUUAUCGAAAUUAAACGGCAGGUUGUGGGAUUGUUAAAGAGUGGUGGUUUUCCACUGCGCAAAUUUGCAUCAAAUUCUUCAAACAUAUUAUUAGAUAUCCCUAAUGCUGAAAGGGAAGAAAUUGUACAACUCGACAACAUGGAUUAUAUAAAAACACUAGGACUUAAAUGGUCACCAAAGGAAGAUUUUUUUAGUUUCUCAUACACUCCACAAGAUAGCACCUUAAAAUCUACAAAAAGAUCUAUACUUGCUCAUACAGCCGCGUUUUUUGACCCCCUAGGUCUAAUUAAUCCAAUUAUCGUGAAAGCUAAGAUUUUGUUGCAGAGCUUAUGGAAGCUAAAACUUCAUUGGGACGAAAGUGUACCUCUAGAUAUUUUUACUGAAUGGGAGCAAAUCCGUGCGCAACUUAAAUGUUUAAACAACAUUAAAAUUCCCAGGUUUGUGUCUUUUAAUUCAUUUACUAAUAUACAUGCAUUCGCAGAUGCUAGUAAAAAGGCUUAUGGAGCUUGUAUUUAUGUUGUAUCCAAAUGUGAAGAUGGUAUGGUAUCAUCAUUAGUCUGCGCCAAAUCACGAGUAGCACCAGUGAAGGAAGUUUCUCUCCCCAGGCUAGAACUCUGUGCUGCAUUAUUGAGCGUUAAAUUGUUAGAUGCAGUAAGGAAUUACUUCCCUAAGCAUCCUUGUAAAACAUUUUGCUGGUCAGACUCAACUAUUACUUUAGCAUGGAUAGCAGGAGAGUCAUAUAGUCGCCCUACAUUCGUGGCAAAUAGAAUAACUAAAAUUCAAGAAUUGUCCAAAGACGUUGUGUGGAAACAUGUUCCCUCGGAACAAAAUCCUGCGGACUUACUUUCUAGAGGCUCUACAGUUAAAUGUAUCACAGAGAAUGACUUUUGGUUCCAAGGGCCAUCAUUUUUAAGAGAAGCUGAGUCAAAUUGGCCCCGACAACCUCCUUUAUCAGUCCAAGAUUUUGUUGAGCAAAGACAAACGUCUUUAAUUGCAAAAAAUUGUGGCACAUGCACAAUAUAUGAAGAUUUUUUGGAAGACCACAAAUUUAUAAACUCUUUCGAAAAAUUAUUGCGAAUGAUGGUAUAUCGACCAAAAUUACAAGAACAAGUUAUGGCAGCACUACCAGCAGAUCGUGUACAAGCAUCAUUUCCAUUUCAAGUCAGUGGGGUUGAUUAUUGUGGGCCUUUCCAAAUCACUCAAAGGGCUAUCCACAUGGAAUUGGUACCAGACCUAACAACAAUUGCAUUCAUCGCUGCCCUGAGAAGAUUUAUUUCUAGAAGAGGUAGAUGUGCAACAAUAUAUUCUGACAAUGCCACGAAUUUUAUUGGAGCAAACAAAGAAUUAAAAGCUAUGCUAUCAGAUUUUUUGUCAGAAGAGCACAUCGAAGUUGUACGUGAAGCCUGUCUGAGUGAAGGAAUUACCUGGAACUUUAUCCCACCCCGUUCACCUCACUUUGGGGGUUUAUGGGAGAGCGGGGUCAAGCAAGCCAAGCAUUAUUUACGACGUGCCAUAGGGAAACAUAUAUUAACAUACGAUGAACUAAACACAGUAGUUUGCCAAACUGAAGCCAUAUUAAAUAGCCGACCAUUAACGCCACUUUCAAGUGAUCCAAAUGAUUUACGACCCUUAACUCCGGCACAUUUCUUAAUUGGGCGUCCAUUGACAUCAUUGCCAGAACCAAAUUUGUGUACCGUUAACCCAUCAUCAUUGAAAAGCUAUAAACUAAUUCAGUGGAUACAACAGCACUUUUGGGAGCGUUGGCGAAAGGAAUAUUUGAAUUGUCUGCAACAGAAAUUAAAAUGGAAUACAGCAUCACCAAACAUUGAAAUCAAUGAUUUAGUAUUACUAAAAGAUGACAAUAUUCCUCCUCUAAAGUGGCCACUUGCUCGAGUGAUAGCAGUUAACCCAGGCGAUGAUGGUUUUGUACGGGUAGCAACUGUUAAAUCAAAGGAUGGC